UGCUUCAGUCCUGCGUGAACCGUUAUACUGAUCGAGCGUUUGGAAAAGGUGCCAGUGGCCGGAAAAGUGUCGUGUGAACAUAGUUGGUGAACCGAAGUGCUUAGAUUAUGAUGUGUAAUUUUUAAAACAAGAGCUUGAACAAAUUAUACCAAACUUAUUCGUGAAGUUACUUGUAAAAGAUCGACAAAAUGCAGCGUGCGUUGUUGAACAGAUCGCUUCAAAAUGUUGGCCUACAAACUGUGGCCAACAGGCAUCGACCGUUGCUGGCAAUGUUGGUUAAACAGACUAGUGCUAACAAACAGCUGCAGCGCUAUCUAGCCACCGUUGAGGAAGUGUUCCCCAACAAACCGGACUUUGCCUCACGCCACAUCGGGCCUCGAAAAACCGACGUUGUUACCAUGUUGAAUUCGAUUGGUUUUAAGUCACUGGAUGAACUAUCCGAGAAGGCUGUACCGGCUGCUAUUAAGUUCAACAGAAUUUUGAACAUCGAGGAUCCUUUGAAUGAACAUGAACUGAUCGAUCGCAUCCGGGCCAUAGCCAACAAAAACGAAGUAUGGAGAUCAUACAUCGGUAUGGGCUACCAUAACUGCCUUGUACCGCACCCGAUCUUGCGCAAUAUUUUCGAGAAUCCUGGGUGGACUACCCAGUACACUCCAUACCAGCCGGAAAUCAGCCAAGGCCGGUUGGAGUCUUUGCUUAAUUUCCAAACUCUGGUCACCGAGCUGACGGGCCUGGAAAUCGCCAACGCUUCACUUCUGGAUGAAGGCACAGCUGCCGCCGAAGCAAUGAGCUUGUGUCAUCGCUACAACAAACGGAAGAAGAUUUUCAUCUCCAAGAAAUUGCAUCCACAAACAGUAGAAGUUGUGAGAACUCGCCUCGAAGCCAUGGGUAUUGAAGUUUUAGUGGGAUCUGUGAGAGACAUAGACUUUGCAGAUCAUGAAAUAUCCGGUAUUUUACUGCAAUAUCCCGAUACUUUCGGAGAUGUGCAAGACUUCGAACAAGUUUCGGCUGACUGUAAAAAGAAUGGCACCCUCGUGGCCGUAGCAACGGAUCUUUUGGCGCUGACUCUUCUUAGACCACCAGCAGAGUUUGGAGCAGAUAUUGCUAUUGGAUCCGCCCAACGUUUUGGAGUUCCUUUGGGAUAUGGUGGACCUCAUGCUGCUUUCUUUGCGUGUCGUCAAAAACUCACUCGUCUUAUUCCUGGUAGAAUGAUUGGUGUCACCAGAGAUAUGGAUGGUCAAGAUGCAUAUCGGUUGGCACUGCAAACUCGAGAACAGCAUAUUCGGAGAGAUAAAGCCACUAGUAAUAUAUGCACUGCUCAAGCGCUUCUCGCUAAUAUGGCUGCCAUGUACGCCAUUUAUCACGGGCCUGAAGGUUUGAAGAAUAUUUCCAACAGGAUUCACAACUACGCUUUAACAUUGAAUGCUGGAUUAAUCAAAGCAGGACACGAGCAACUCAACAAAGCCUUCUUCGAUACCUUGCACGUUAUUCCUCAUGGAAUGAGUACGACCGAGGUUAGAGCAAGAGCUGAAGCGAAGAAGAUCAAUUUGCGUUACUUCAGCGAUGAUUCGAUUGGCGUUUCCAUGGAUGAAACGGUUAAGACUUCAGACAUUGCAGAUCUUUUAUGGGUAUUCAACUGUCCUAAUGUGGAAACCACUCUGGCAGAUCCGUUAGCAACAGCCUUGUCAGUUCACAAAACUCAAUACAAACGUACCUCACCUUUCUUAACUCAUCCAAUCUUUAACAAGCACCAUAGCGAAUCGCGAAUGGUUCGGUAUAUGAAGCAACUUGAGAACAAGGACAUUUCACUUGUGCACUCCAUGAUACCAUUGGGAUCAUGUACAAUGAAGCUAAAUUCAACAACCGAGAUGAUACCUUGCUCAUUCCGGCACUUCACAGAACUUCACCCUUUUGCUCCGAUAGAGCAAGCUAAAGGCUACAAGCAAAUGUUUGAUGAGUUGGAAAAAGAUCUAUGUGAAAUUACGGGUUAUGACAAAAUUUCCUUCCAGCCAAACAGCGGAGCACAAGGCGAAUAUGCCGGUCUAAGAGCCAUCCGCAGUUAUCAUGAGUCGCGGGGAGAAGCUAACAGAACCAUUUGUUUGAUUCCAAUCAGCGCUCACGGAACGAACCCAGCCUCAGCUCAAAUGGCUGGUAUGCGAGUUGAGGCCAUUAGGGUGAACACUCACAACGGAACGAUCGAUACUGCUCAUUUGAAGGAGAAGGUUGAAGAACAUUCUAAGAACCUAUCAUGCUUGAUGAUCACCUAUCCAUCAACGAAUGGCAUUUUCGAGGACAACGUCGUAGAUGUUUGCGAACUUGUCCAUCAACAUGGUGGCCAGGUAUAUCUGGAUGGGGCCAACAUGAACGCUCAAGUGGGUUUAUGCCGUCCUGGAGAUUUCGGAAGCGAUGUAUCUCAUCUGAAUUUGCACAAAACAUUCUGCAUUCCUCAUGGUGGUGGAGGCCCGGGUAUGGGUCCAAUUGGCGUAAAAGCACAUCUGGCCCCAUUCCUACCAACUCACCCGGUUAUAGAUCCUUUGGAGGGGUCGGAAAACAAAAGUUUCGGCGUUGUAAGUGCUGGGCCUUAUGGAAGCUCGUCGAUUCUACCGAUUUCGUGGUCAUACAUCAAAUUGAUGGGUGGACGUGGCUUACGUCGGGCAACACAAGUAGCCAUUCUCAAUGCCAACUACAUGUCGAAACGGUUGGAGAACCAUUUCAAAACUCUCUAUACUGAUCCAAACACCGGUUUAGUGGCGCAUGAGUUUAUCAUGGAUGUUCGAGACUUCAAGAAAACAGCCAAUAUUGAAGCUGUAGACAUUGCCAAACGCCUGAUGGACUAUGGAUUCCAUGCCCCAACAAUGUCCUGGCCUGUUGCCGGUACGCUAAUGGUGGAGCCUACCGAAUCCGAAGACAAGGAAGAAUUGGAUCGUUUUUGUGAAGCGAUGAUUUCAAUUCGCAAAGAAAUUCUAGAAAUCGAAGAAGGACGCAUGGAUGUACGAAUCAACCCUUUGAAAAUGGCGCCACACACUCAGAAACAGACUAUAUCUUCCGAAUGGAAUCGCCCGUAUCCUAGGGAACAGGGAGCUUUCCCUGCGCCAUUCGUCAAGCCAGAAACUAAAGUUUGGCCCACAGUCGGACGUAUUGACGACCUGUACGGAGACAAACAUCUAGUUUGCACAUGUCCACCCAUGGUUCCUGAUUACGAAUAAGACAGCAUCCAUUUAUUAAGUAACGCCAAAAUCGACAUUUUACCCCCCCCCCCCCUCCGUUACGCUUUUUUGUAUUAAAAUCCUGAAAAUUUUGAACGGGCCAUAACGCUCGGCCGUACUACCCACUCCCCCCCCCCCCCUAGGGCGUUACGUGAUUUGUGGACGGCUUCUAACUGGAUUUGCAGUUAUGUGUUGAAUCAUGAAAACGAUACAUUCAAAAUACAUGGAAAGUAAAUGUUCAAAUAUCAAAAAUACAACGAGAAAUAAAAUAUUUGGCUUAAUACAAUUGUAAUAUGUAGAAUGGUAAUAAAAAUAAGCAUAUGACUUCCAUUUUUUUUUUCAAAUAAGAAAAAAUAUCUUAACUUUUUUGCAAUCUACUACAAAUAACACGCAAACUCACAGGUAAAAAAUUAGGGGUGUUGCUAACGCUGGCAGCCCUGAUAUUUUGAAUAACGCAUUGACCUGUGAUACCUCCGAUCAGACUCGGAGCGCACCAUCUCUGACCUUGAUCCUGCGU